UGUAAGCGUCCUUUGCCGUUACCAUGGAGCCGAUCCUAACUUGCACUAGAUUCGUGAACAGUGCAAAUUGACCCGGUGGAAAGAAAAGGACAAAACUAUGAUAGAAAACGAGGAAACGUGCGGAAACGCAGAGCUGCCGCAUACAGCGGAAGUAAGCGAAAAAAGAAAGUUAGUGAGCUGCUCCGCCGGUUUUAAGGAGACUUUAUCGGAUGAGGACCUCCAAGGCCGACUUGAGCAGCCCGACAAUGAUGGCUCUUAUGAACUCCCCACACUUUUUAGCUUAGUUGUACAGAGACAUGAAGGGGAAACCUGUGAGGGCCGGUUUCUUGUGGAAGGAGCUGCUUGUUUUGAAGGAGGACAUAUGUACAAGGGCAUGUUUUCCAAGGGACUUAUGAAUGGACAUGGUGUCUUUACAAGGGCAGGCGGAUUGAAAUAUGAGGGACAAUUUGUGCGCAACAUUCCCAUGGGCCAGGGCACCUACACCUGGCCGGAUGGUAGCUCCUAUCAGGGGGAAGUGUGCAAUGGUAUACGACAUGGGACUGGAACCUACAAAUGUGCAAAUGGUGUUUCAUACAGAGGCCAAUGGGAUCAGGGCAAAAGGCACGGAAAGGGUACAGUGUAUUAUAACCAGGAAAAGACCUCUUGGUACAAAGGCGAUUGGGUGAAGAACAACAGAGAGGGAUGGGGAGUGAGACGCUACCCGUCUGGUAACAUUUACUCUGGUGAGUGGAAGAACAACCUUAGACAUGGAAAGGGUACGAUGAGGUGGCUAAAACUGGGACAGAAGUAUGAUGGGAUGUGGCAGAAUGGACUCCAGCAUGGACAAGGCACACACGUCUGGCUCCUGAGGCGAGCGGAUAUGUCCCAGUAUUUCCAGAGCAAUCACUACAUAGGGGAUUUUGUUCAGGGUCAGAGGCACGGACAGGGAGCAUUUUACUACGCUGGUGGUGCGAUCUAUGAAGGAGAAUGGAGGAACAACAGAAAACAUGGGGAGGGAAAAUUCACUUUCAAGGAUGGGCAUGUUUUCAAAGGACAGUUUGUGGAUGAUCAGAUGAUGACAAACAACCUGAGUGGACGUAGAGCUCCUACUCCUCUGUGUGGUGCAUUUCCUCUGUCAGGUCGGGAAUCCUCUAUCUCAGCACCAGACGUGACUCUGAACAUUGAACAUCUUCUGGAUAAAAUCCCUGACAGAAAUCGUGAGACUGAGCGUAAACAGGUGGAUUUUGCAGUACUGGGGCAAUACUCAGAGCUGAGGUCUGUCUAUAGUUUCUACAGCAGGCUUGGAAAUGCCCCCUCCCCAGAUAACAUCUUCCUGCUGUCCCGCCUGCAGCUGUGGCGCCUCCUCAAAGACUGUAACAUCCACCAUCACCACAUCACUCUGACACAGAUAGACCAUUUUAUCAGAGAGGACGCCACUACAGCAGAGAUCCACUCUCCUUUCACUACACUGCUUCUUCGUAGGUUCCUCAGCUGUCUAGUGGUUUUGGCCUACCACAUCUACCAUAAUGACAUGGUGUCACAAACGAAUCUUCUGGCUACCUGCUUUUCCAAACUGAUGACAGACGACAUCCUUCCCAAUUCUAAGAAUGUAAAAGGCUUCCUGUUUAGGCAGCCAGACUGUUCAGUGGUGGUUGUGAACUACUUACAGAAGUGCUGGGAAGUCUAUCAGGCUUUCUGCAAAGUCAGGGCAUCCCCCAGAGAUGACCAGACCAUGACCUGCAGACAGCUGCUGUGGAUGUUCAAGGAUCUCCAUCUGCUGGAUAAUAAACUGACUGCAGCGAGAUUACUGAAGAUCAUCACAGCAGAGAGCCGCGACCCUAGCUGUCUCUCCUCCUGUGUGGAUCUGGAGAUAACGUUCCUGGAGUUUUUAGAGGUACUUGUGGGGUCUGCUGAGGUGAAGUGUCAGCCGGUUUCUGAAGGCCACAAGGAGGAGGGCCAGUUGCUGUCCAGCCCUGACGCUGAGGCCAGGAGGGACCUACCUGAGACAGGGAAAUCCCUUGACACAGCAGAAUCAUCUACUACUCAGGAUGUGGAUAGUCAACGAGAUGUAAAGACUAACAUCAAUGUGAAACCUCAGUCUGCAGUUUCGAGUCUUCUUCCAGGGCACACUCAAGAGCACAGAUGUGAAGGAAAGGGCACACAAGUCGGAGGAAAGGAGGCCAAAGAGCACAAAUCGGAGCUUUGGAUCCAGACGAUCCAUCACUUCUUCACCCACUUUUUCUUCCCGGCCUUUGAAUACAACCAGUUAGUGUCCAAAAACAUAAAGGAAGAAAAGCUCCACCAGGAGGCUCAGAGACCAUCACUGCCAGGUUGAAGGGGCAUCAGGAGGCUGGUGAAUGAUAAAGAUUCAGUAACGUGGGCUGCAGAGCCACCGGAUGAACACAGGAUGAAGCUAACUGUACCUGAACUUUCCAUGCAGUCAAAAAUGAAUAAAUAUACAUGCCUAGAGCUUUCAAAUACA